CAAACACAGUGCGUAUGAAACCAAACGCAUGCGCCUCUCAAUAAUAUUUGCCCAAAACGGCAAGUUUCCUUUAUAUUAUUGCCUUCUCCUCCAUCUCUUUAUUCUCCGCCUCAGUGUGACCGCACAGUUAAUUUUUCGUCCUUUUGCGGAUAUCAAUGGCUGCAAAAGCACCAGAACCUACUACCGGCGGUACUACGACCACCCAUCCCUUUGAUCCCAGCACUGGUUUUUGUAAGGAAACCAGAACCUUUCACAGCCUGAGACCGUCCACUCCUCUACCACCACCAAAUGAACCUCUUUCCAUUACCCAAUGCGCUUUCUCUCUUCUUCAAUCUUCCACCACAAACCCAACCACCGAUACUUUCAUCGUCAACUCUAACACGGGCCAUUCUCUUACCUACGCUCAAUUCCUCAGCCAGACCCAUUCUCUUUCCCUCGCUCUCAGAGCUCGAUUCUCUCUCUCUACGAACGAUGUCGCUUUUAUCCUCUCCCCGCCUUCUCUCCAAAUCCCGGUUCUCUACUUCUCUCUCCUUUCUCUCGGUGUCACUAUCUCUCCCGCCAACCCACUCGGUUCCAACUCGGAGGUGACUCACCAAAUCCAGCUCUGUAAACCAAAAAUCGCAUUCGCCACAUCCCAAACAGCACGUAAACUUCCUUCUCUCCCUUACGGCACCAUACUCAUCGACUCGCCUGAGUUCCUCUCGCUGUUGACCCAAUCAAAUGCCACCACCCACGAUCGACUAAACCGAGUUGAGGUGAAACAGUCUGACACCGCGGCAAUUCUGUACUCCUCGGGAACAACCGGGAGAGUAAAAGGAGUAGCUUUGACGCACCAGAACCUGAUUGCCUUAAUUUCCGGGUUUUAUUAUAACAGGAAUCUGAACGCGAAUGAACCGGAAAUUCACAAAAUCUCACUCUUUACGCUGCCACUGUUUCACGUUUUUGGAUUCUUUAUGUUGAUAAGAGCUGCCGCGAUGGGGGAGACGGUGGUCUUGAUGGAAAGGUUUGAUUUUGAAGGAAUGUUGAGGGCCGUGGAGAAAUACAAGGUCAAUUACAUGCCGGUUUCGCCGCCGUUAAUUGUGGCUUUUGUGAAGUCGGAAUUGAUCAACAGGUACGAUUUGAGCUCGCUGUUAAUGCUGGCGUGCGGCGGCGCACCCUUGGGCAAGGAUGUUGCGGAUAAGUUCAAGGAAAAAUUCCCACAUGUUGAUAUUAUCCAGGGAUAUGGAUUGACCGAAACUGGAGGUGGGGCAACAAGGAUGAUAGGACCUGAAGAGGCCAAGAAGCAUGGUUCUGUCGGUCUCCUAGUAGAAAAUAUGGAAGCAAAGAUUGUUGAUCCUGAAACUGGAGUGGCCUUGCCUCCUGGCCAGAGAGGGGAGCUGUGGUUGCGGGGGCCAACUAUCAUGAGAGGUUAUGUAGGAGAUGAGAAGGCAACUUCUGAAACUUUGGAUUCAGAGGGUUGGUUAAAGACCGGGGAUCUUUGUUAUUUUGACUCUCAAGGUUUCCUCUAUAUUGUUGAUAGGUUAAAGGAACUGAUAAAAUACAAGGCAUAUCAGGUGCCCCCAGCUGAAUUAGAACAGUUACUACAAUCCAAUCCUGAAAUCGCUGAUGCUGCUGUGAUCCCAUACCCGGAUGAAGAUGCAGGACAAAUUCCCAUGGCCUAUGUAGUGAGAAAACCGGGAAGCACCAUCACUGAGGAUCAAGUUAUAGAUUUUAUUGCAAAGCAGGUUGCGCCGUACAAGAAGAUAAGGCGAGUAGCUUUCAUCAAUUCUAUUCCAAAAUCUCCUGCAGGGAAGAUUCUGAGAAGGGAGUUGGUCAGUCAUGCACUCUCCGGUGCUUCAUCCAAGUUAUGAUCCAUUUGGUUCAAUCAAUAUCUGAAUAUGGAGCCUCACAGAGAUAUUCAUAUAAAAGAAUUCACCAUUUGCACAUAACUUGGAAAUAAUUAAUUUUCAUAAGCAAGAAAUUGAUUGCAGUGCGACCUGGGAGCUGCUACCACAAGUACUACCUGUAAUGAUAUUGUAGUAUAGUUCUCCAUGAGAUUUUGUCAAUACAAACAUGCAUCAUCAGUUCUUGAUUUAUAUCUAGAUUUGGCGAUGCAUGAUAUUAUAUUACAAGUAUGUGUUUAUUGUGUAUUCUCAUGAUGUAGGGUCACCCUCUGUCUGUC